AUGAAGGUCGGUCAAGGGUCCCUGCUGGAUACAAGACGUCCAUGCCUUGAGGAGAUCUAUCAAGGGGAGAAGGAUAAACCCCAAGUAAUCCGGGCGCUCUAUGACUAUAGUGCACGGACUGAGCAAGAGUUGAGCUUUUCGAGGGGAGACUUCUUCCACGUCAUCGGCCGAGAAAACGAUACGGAAUGGUACGAAGCCUGUAACCCAGCGCUCCCAGAUGCCCGCGGCCUUGUCCCUGUCGCUUUCUUUCAGGCACUUGGCCGAACCGAGCGGGAGAGUGCAGACGGCGGCAAGCCUGCCACCCCCAAGGAACACGACUCCGGAUAUUCAGAAAGCGGCGCGGCGGCAAUGGCAGCGGCUGCCGGCAUGACGAGUCCGCCCAUCUCACAGAGCCAGCGAAGCUCCAAGUCCGGUGGGAAGUCUGGAGCCAUGGUUUACGGCAUCGUUCUAUACGACUUCCAGGCCGAGCGAGCAGACGAGCUUGAGGCCAAGGCAGGAGAGGCCAUCAUCGUCAUUGCCCAGUCCAACCCUGAAUGGUUUGUAGCGAAGCCUAUUGGAAGACUAGGCGGCCCGGGACUCAUCCCUGUAUCAUUUGUGGAGAUUCGAGAUAUGUCGACAAACACCGCCGUUCCUAACCCUAACGAUGCAGUCAAAAGGGCCGGUAUACCCAAGGUCGAGGAGUGGAAGAAGAUGACGGCAGAAUACAAGAAUAGCAGCAUCACUCUUGGAAAGUUCGAAGUGGGUGGUGGCCCCAACCAAGGCCUUGAGCAAGGCAUGGACCGCCUCAGUCUUCAACAGCAAGCGCAACCUCAGCAACAGUACGCGCAGCCUCAACAGGCGUCUCUCAUGAGCCCGCAAAAUGGUUCAUACCCUGCCCAGCCGAUGCCUUCUCCCGGAUUCCCGCAGCAGGCGAACGGGAUGCAACAAGGAGGAGCCUACCCGACGAGUAUGUAUGGGUUCAAGAGCGCCUCGCAGCUCUACGCUCCGAUAUCUGCCCAUAUUCCGAAAUACUGCUUCGCGGAUGAAAAGUAUUGGUUCGUUAUCGAAGCAGAGCUGGAAAAUGGGCAAAGAUGGGAGCUAUCUCGCUACUACGAAGACUUUUACGACUUCCAGAUCGCCCUGUUGACUGAAUUCCCGGUCGAAGCGGGCAAUACCACGGCUCAGAACCGAACAUUGCCCUACAUGCCCGGACCCGUAAAUUACGUCACCGACCAGAUUACCCAGGGCAGACUACGGAAUCUGGACGAAUACGUCAAGAAUCUGCUCGCACAGCCGGCCCAUAUCUCGAGGUGCAACCUUGUAAAGCAGUUCUUCGCCCCUCGAGAAGGCGACUUCGAGGUGGAGCCUACACCCGUCGAAGAGGACUACCGCCUCUCGGGGAAUUCCGGUCCCUCUUCGAACGGCGUUCCCGGCGACGGUGGCUCGCGUGAUAAUCUCAAUGGGAAUCCCUACGGCGCGGCGUCAGCCAUGCCUCGUCAAGCAGGGGGCAGUGGGCUCAAUGGCCAGCCAGCUAUGGGCCAGGUGGCAUCAUCUAUGAAGGUCAAGUUCCACUUCAACGGUGAACUCUUUGCCAUCCGCGUUCCGAACGAGAUCUCCUUUCAGCAACUUUACGACAAGAUUUGCGAGCGGCUUCGAAUCGCGCCGGGCGAAGAACUCCAGCUCUUCUACAAAGAUGAGGCCACAAGCGACAAGCCUAGCCUUUUGAGUGAUAAUGAUUUGAACAGGGCGCUCCAGCGCAACGAGAAGCUUUUCCUCUUCGCGGAGAUUGUAUAA